UCUCUGGUCUGUGAAGUUGUUGUUGGGUGGAUAAAAAAAAUGGAGGGGAUUAUUACUCAACAUACACCUCGAACUGUGGAAGAGGUCUUUAGCGACUUCAGAGGUCGACGAGCUGGUCUCAUUAAGGCUCUCACUUUCGAUAUGGUGAAGUUUUACCAAACAUGCGAUCCUGAGAAGGAGAACUUGUGUCUGUAUGGACUUCCAAAUGAGACUUGGGAGGUUAAUCUCCCCGUUGAGUAAGUUCCUCCUGAGCUUCCUGAACCUGCUCUAGGCAUCAAUUUCGCUAGAGACGGCAUGCAAGAAAAAGACUGGGUUUCUUUGGUCGCUGUUCACAGUGAUUCCUGGCUGCUUUCGGUUGUCUUCUACUUUGGCGCACGUUUCGGGUUUGGCAAGAAUGAGAGGAAGAGACUCUUCCAGAUGAUAAACGAUCUUCCAACCAUUUUCGAGGUUGUGACAGGCAAUGCAAAGCAAUCCAAAGAUCAUUCUGGUACCAACAACAACAAUAGCAAAAGCAAACCUAGUGGCUUAAAGGUUUCGAAGAUGACGUCAUCUCCACCGCCUAAAGAAGAAGAUGAGAGUGAAGACGAGGAGGAGGAGGAGGAGGAACAAGGUGCGGUUUGUGGCGCUUGUGGAGACAGCUACGGUACAGAUGAGUUUUGGAUAUGCUGCGACGCGUGUGAGAAAUGGUUCCAUGGAAAAUGUGUGAAGAUAACACCUGCUAAAGCAGAGCACAUCAAGCACCACAAAUGCCCCUGUUGCACUAACAAGAGAGCCAGACCUUGAUGUCAUAUAAACAAAAAAAGCAGAUAAUUGGGUUUUAGAAGAUGUAAGAUGAUAAAAAUAUACGUUUCUUUUUUUAAUUGUUUAGUUUUCAUUAUGGAUUGAAAAUAUGUACA